AGAACUCAGUAACCUGACACCCUGCUCUCGCGCGUGUGUCCUGCUAUAAGUGUAAACUUUCUCCAGCAGCUCAUGCAGUCAGUGAGCGGCGGACCGUUGGUCUCUCCCUGCGCUCUAACGGAUACUACCCGCUGAUUAUGACCCAGUAACGGGUUACAUUCGGUGUUUUUUAUUUUGUUUUUGGUGAAGCGUGAGAUUAAAAUAAAAGCCGGUUGGAGACAUGGAGGCUGUGAGUAAGUGGAUCCCGCAACAAGUGGUGGACUGGAUGAGAGGUCUGGACGACAGCGUGCAGCAGUACAUCCCGUCCUUCCAGCGGCAGCAGGUGGACGGGGAGAAGCUGCUCAGGCUGUCCCACCAGGAGCUGCUGUCUCUGGGCAUGUCGCGGGUCGGACACCAGGAGCUGGUGCUGGAGGCCGUGGACCUGCUCUGUGCACUGAACUACGGAGUGGAGAAGGACAACCUGAAGACUCUGGUGGGGAAGAUGAGAGCGGCGCAUCACAACCUGAACAGCUCGGUGUCUCAGCGCAGGAAGAACCCCGCCUACCACAACAAGAUCUCCCAUCAGCCCUCCAACGAGUUCCUGACCGCCGUGGUGGAGCUGAUCGGAGCCGCCAAGAGUCUGCUGGCCUGGCUCGACAGGACUCCUCUGACCAGUGCCAACGACUUCACCUCCACCAAAAGCAGAAUCAUCCAGCUGUGCCUGGAGCUCACCUCCACCGUCCAGAAGGAUUGCACUGUUUAUGAGAUUGAAGAGAAGAUUCUGGAAGUGUCCCGAGCUCUGAACGGCGUCUGUGAGAAGACGGUUGCGGCGACCUCUGACCCCUCGAAGAGCGAGAUGUCGUGUCUGGAGGAGGUCCUCAUCACCAACAUCAAGCCUGGAGAAGGACUGGGUAUUUACAUCAAAUCCACCUACGACGGGCUUCACGUCAUCACAGGCACCACUGAAAAUUCUCCUGCAGAUAAAACUCAGAGGAUUCAUGCUGGAGAUGAAGUCGUUCAAGUCAACAAACAGACAGUGGUGGGCUGGCAGCUGAAGCACCUGGUGGAGAAGCUGAGGGCGGAGUCUGGCAGCGUGGCCCUGGUGGUGAAGAAGAGGCCGUCUGGGACGUCUGGAGGCUUCGCUCCCGCUCCGCUGAAGAACCUGCGCUGGAGGCCGCCGCUCGUACAGACCUCUCAGGGAGCUCCGGCUGUCUACAGAUCUCGACAGAGUGAACCCUCGGAGGCUCCUGGGAAGAGAGGGAAGACCACCAUCUUGGACCUGUACGUCCCUCCUCCGCCUGCAGCUCCUUACGUACCACUGGACGGGAACAUGGACUUGUCUCCAGGAGUCAAAAUGAGGCCCAAGUCUCCCAACUCGUGUCUGGACACGGACGUGAGGCGACGCUUCACUGAGGACUCCAGGACGCCUGAACACAACCAGCCACUUCCUGUGUGUCUGAGGCAGCGCUCGUCUACACGCUGUAAACCUCGGCCCGUGUCCAUGCCGGUGGAGGCGUUGUCAGGCGAGCCGUCCUUCAGACCCGGAGCUCAGGGAAGGAAAGGUCAGAACAUCCUGCACAGAUACCUGAGCAACGAGGGGAUCAGCAGCAUCACGGAGGAGGAGCCCUGCUACCCUCUGCCCUACCGAGGUCACCCGUCUGUCCGCGGCGUCGACCACAUCAGAGGCAGCCAGUGCUUCAUCAACGCCAACCUGCACAACACCGCCACCAUCCCUUACCAGGAAGCAGCGUCCAAGAAGCCCGCCUCCCCUUCCUCCUCCUCCUCCUCCGCCGUUUCUCCUCCGCUGGCCGUCACCAAACAGUCGACGUCGCUGCUGGGAGGCUGGCUGGCUCGCCUCCGAAGUGCGGUUUUGACUCCCUCGGCCUCUCUCGGCCCCUCUCGGUUCCUCUCGGCCUCUCUCGGCCUCUCUCGGCUUCUCUCGGCCCCUCCAGGCUCCUGUGCAGCCAUGAGUCGGCGGCGGGUCUCGGUGAGGGACCUGGGGGUCCUGGACUGUGAGGGCUGGCUGCUCCGGAGGAAGGAGGGCCGCAGGUUCCUGAGCAGCAGAUGGAAAAGAUUCUGGUUCGUCCUGAAGAAACCUUCUCUGUACUGGUACAGCGACAAGAUGGCGGAGAAAGCAGAAGGAUUCAUCAACCUGAGCGGCUUCACCAUCGAACGGGCCAAACAGAGCCGCAAGAAACAUGCUCUGACGGCGAGUCACCCGCUGGUCGUCACUAUUUUCAUCGCUGCAGAGAGUUUCACUGACAUGAACAAGUGGAUCAAUAAACUGUCAGAAGCAGCCGAGCAAAGUGACGCAAUCAACACUGAAGAGUGCUACAGUGAGGACAGCGACCAGGACGGAGACGAGAGUCUGUCCACGACUCAACAGGAAACAGCUGAUUCUGAAAAUCGAGACGCUGCUCAGCCUGCAGGGGGGAGAAGAAGAAGCACCUCGGAGGUUGGAGGACUGAGUGAAGACAGAGGAAGAAGAAGAAGAGGAGGCUCAGAGGGCGGGGAGCGUCUCUCCUGUCCCGACCUCUCAGGAGGAGCUCCACCAGGCUCUGACCUCCUCUCAGGAGGAGCUCCACCAGGCUCUGACCUCCUCUCAGGAGGAGCUCCACCAGGCUCUGACCUCCUCUCAGCUGGAGGAGUUCCACCAGGCUCUGACCUCCUCUCAGGAGGAGCUCCACCAGGCUCUGACCUCCUCUCAGGAGGAUCUCCACCAGGCUCUGACCUCCUCUCAGCUGGAGGAGCUCCACCAGGCUCUGACCUCCUCUCAGGAGGAGCUCCACCAGGCUUUGACCUCCUCUCAGGAGGAGUUCCACCAGGCUCUGACCUCCUCUCAGGAGGAGCUCCACCAGGCUCUGACCUCCUCUCAGGAGGAGCUCCACCAGGCUCUGACCUCCUCUCAGCUGGAGGAGCUCCACCAGGCUCUGACCUCCUCUCACCGUCGGUCCCUCUGCUGCUGGUUGGAGGAGAAACGGAGGAGCAGGUCGUCCACGUUUUUACUGUUUUAACUGUAAUAGUGACCUCUUUGUCUCUUUGUUGUGCAGAGAAACCUCGUGACGAGCUGGAGAGUCUCUACCAGAACCUGAAGGCGUCCAGCUUGUCUCCCCUCGGAGCGUCUAGUCAGAGAGACUUCAGAGCUUCGUUUGUUCGCCGCUGUCAGAACGACAAGAUGAACGAGAAGCUUCACCUGCUGCGGAUCCUCAGCAGCACGCUGAAGGCCCGGGAGGCGGAGCUUCAUGCGGUGGAUCAGAUCCUCAACCAGCCGACGCUGGCGGCGCCGUCCUACAGGAAGUGGAGAGUCUCCAACGCCGUCCUGCUGCAGGAGAUCAGUGAGCGGCGCCAGGCAGCAGGGGGCGCUGCCGAGACGCCAACUCAGGACGCAACAACACACACAUGAACACGUUAAUACGUAAUAAUAAGUGUUUUAUCACUGAGAGAACCGGGACCAAAGGGACCAAAGGGACCAAAGGGACCAGAGGGACCAAAGGGAGCUGGGACUGUUUAUAUUCUGGUCUCAUGUGGUUUCUGUCCAGAAGGCAGCUUCAUUUCCUCAGGUUUUUACUCGAGUACACAAGUAUUGAGUAUUCUUUGCUACUUUUUUACUUUUUCCUGCACUGUAUUUAUUAUAAAGCUUUAUUUGCAUUGAUUUAAACAGUUAUCGUUAUAAUUUAAAGUGUAAAAGAUAUUUUUGGACACUUUUUUUUUU